AGUGGUGCGCAUACGCCGCCGCUGCCGGCGCGGCGGGUUCAAAGAACGAGUAGCGUAGGUGCAGGACGGGAAUCACGGGGUGUAGAUCCCGUCUGCCACGGCUGGAACUCGUAGGAGUAGGAGCGGACUAGCGGGUAGAGCCAGUAGAGUCAGGCGAGUCAGGCCUACCGGACCGCGAGCGCAACUCGCACCUGCUCUCCUGCUCUUCGAGACUCGCCGGCCGAACCGCAUACCGCAACUUGCUUGUGUUCUCGUACUAUGAGUUGGGAGUUUGAAGGAUCGUUAGCCGAGCGCAGUUGGUUUUUAGUGGUUUUCUCAACUCUUUGCGUUGACGCUUCCUAGAGGAGUCGAAAAAUAGUUAUAAAGCGUUGCUCGAGCCGUCAUGCCGAUGGGCAGUCGGCUUCCGAAAGCGAAGACUCAAGCCCCGCUCCUCGUCUAAGAAGCUUUCGCAAGCUCAGCGCUGCAUCAUCAGAGUCGAGAUAUCAUGUGCCGGAUCUGGAUUUCCGGAGCUUUGUGCCUGGGCCUGGCGCUCGGGCUGGCGAGCGGGCAGAUCUGCUCGGGGGACAAGAUCCGGAAAUGCAUAGCCGUGGGCGAGCCCAUGAUGAAGGACCCGAAUCAGAUAUUCCCCGACAACUUGAACGACAUAAACAGCGUGUGCAGGAAGUGGUCCAACUUCGUCGACUGCAUUCGGCGCUACAUAGACAAGUGCCUCUCGAAGCUCGGCAAGGAGCAGUUCAACUCGGCGGUGGAGCCUCCGAUCUCGUCCGUGCACCACAUGUGCUCGGACCCGGCCUACCAAGCCGAGUACCUGCAGUACGCCGGCUGCAUGAAGUCGACGGUCGUCGAGGCGGAGCACUGCGGCGGCCAGUACUCCGUGCUCCUGGGGGAGGUCUCGCGGGAGCCCUCGCGCAAGCCGAACCUCUGCUGCGCCUACCACAGCCUCCGCUCGUGCGUCAUCUCGAAGACGCGGCUGCGCUGCGACGCUAACCGGCCGGACGGCAGCGCCGCCAAGUUCGCGCGCCAGGUGCUGGACAAGGCCCUGCGCAUCAGCCAGGAGCAGUGCCUCAACUACACCCACGAGCCGGGCAGGUGCAGCGCGAUGACGAGGUCCAGCCGGCUGGGCGAGGGCCGCAGCGUCAGCCUCGAGCUCCUCGGCACGCUCGCCAACAACACUACACUCCUUCCUCGCCUCAGCUCCGUCAGAACCCAGCUCGGCAGUAGCCAGCAGCCCAGCGAGGACCGCCGCGCGGCCAAGCCGGAAGCCACGCACCGCGCACCCAUUGUCGAAGGCUCCGUCCCGCUCGCGCCGGCCACGCAGAGACCCUCGAGCUACGGCAGGGCCAUUUCCUGGACGACGCCGACGACGCCGACCACGCCUGCGACGCCUGCGACGCCUGCCACCUCCGAGAUCCCGGAUUGGGCGACCAACACCUGGCUGACCCACGGCCAGGACCUGACGACGGAAGAGAUCUACCCGGCCGCGGGCAGCUUCGGCGGGAGCAACGUCGACGAGCCCAACCAGCAGGGACUCUCGAGAAGCGGCCAGCAGCCCCUCUCCGUCUCCGUCUCCGCGCUUCUCUGCACCCUCAUUGUUUGCGCGCACAGCAUGCUCGUGCGCUCGUCACCGCCUACUCCGAUGUAAAUCCAGUAGAUAUUUAUAGUAUAUUAUGUCCAAUGCGUCUAUAGUACGUAUGACGAUGCGCGUACGCCGAGGAGGAUCAUUUUCAAGGUCGAGCCUUGUACCUUAUUUACAAUAAAGAAUUAUAAACAAAGCGCA